AUGUCAAAAGCUGUCUUUACAUCAAUUGUUCUCGCUUCAAGCAGGCGUUUCGCCCAUACCAAAGCUUCACGAAAUCCAUUAUAUCGAAUACUUUCAGAUGAAGAUGUCAAGAUAUUCAAAUCCAUACUACCAUCGCCUGGAAGUGUCUUGACAUCCGAUUUGGACUCGUACAACACAGACUGGAUUAAGAAGUACCGAGGACAUUCAAAGGUCGUCCUAAGGCCAUCAAGUACACAAGAGGUCAGCAAAAUAUUAUCAUACUGUAAUAAACAAAAUAUUGCUGUGGUGCCUCAAGGUGGAAACACUGGGCUAGUAGGAGGCUCGGUGCCCGUAUUUGAUGAAGUAGUAUUAUCCUUGGGACGAAUGGACAAGAUCAAGUCCUUUGACGACAUAUCUGGCAUAGUAGUAUGUGAAGCUGGAACUAUUCUCGAGAAACUCGACCUGUACCUACAUGAUCGCGGAUAUACAGUGCCUCUGGACUUGGGAGCUAAGGGAACGUGUCAGAUAGGAGGCAACGUGUCUACCAACGCAGGAGGCGUUCGGCUAUUGAGAAUGGGCUCGUUGAGAGGGAAUGUGCUGGGGUUGGAGGUUGUGUUGCCUGAUGGUACUAUCAUCGACUCACUAUCAACGCUUCGAAAGGACAAUACGGGAUAUGACAUCAAGCAAUUAUUUAUUGGCGCAGAAGGCACAUUAGGAAUAGUCACAGCCGUGUCCUUGUUGACCCCGAAAAAAUCAUCAGCUGUAAAUGUAGCAGUGCUAGGAUGUGAUUCCUUUGAAUCUGUUUUAAAGGCAUUUACGCAAGCCAAGACAGAUCUACAAGAAAUUUUGUCGGCCUUUGAAUUCUGGGACGAUCAAGCUAUGCAAAUGAUGAACUCCAAGUUGCCAGAGGUCCGAAAUCCAUUGAGUCACUCCUUUCCGUUUUACGUAUUGAUUGAGACAUCCGGCUCUAAUGCAACUCAUGAUUCGGAAAAACUGGCGUCGUAUCUGGAAAAUGUAAUCUCAGAUGCUGUUGUAUCUGAUGGUGUGCUAGCUCAAGACGGGACUCAAAUGCGCUCUUUUUGGAAUCUUCGUGAAGGGAUUCCAUUAGCGGGCUCAAAGCACCCAGCUCAAUACAAAUACGACAUGUCAAUUCCGAUCAACGUAUACUACGGACUAGUUGAAGCCGUCAGAACACAUCUACAGCAAAACCACAAGGCUGUUUACGACAAGUACAUAACGAGCGUGGCAGGCUAUGGUCAUAUAGGAGACGGUAAUUGCCACAUUAACGUCACGAGUGAAGAAUACAAUGACGAAGUGCAAAACUGUCUUGAACCAUUCAUAUACGAGUGGGUAGCCAAGCACCGAGGGUCCAUAUCUGCGGAACACGGGCUAGGAUACAUGAAGACAGAUUGUAUUGGCUAUUCGAAAUCUCCAGAAGCCAUAAGAGUGAUGCAAGAUUUGAAGGCAUUGUUUGAUCCGAAUGGUAUAUUGAACCCAUACAAGGCCAUACAACUUCGUAAAUGA